GAACAAAGAUCCAAUAAAGAAAAACAAACGAAAAACUAUGUCAUGACAUGAUACACAAAUUCAAACUCUCUUUCCUCAUUACGCUCAGUCAACACCUAUUCUUUUAUUUUUGUUCUAUCGUUCAAGAAAGAUAAAUAUACAGCUAUUAGUUAGUUAUCCAACCAAAUCAUAAUAAGCCAGAAGGAAUCUGUUGGAUAUUAGGAAGAGCAGCUCACCAACCAUAGCCCAACUCUCUACUCCUUAUAAAUCCCAAUCAUCCUCCACAAACUCCUCCACCAUUCUAAACCCUAAGCUUCCUAACUCCAGCCUCAGCCACUUCUACAUUCCCCCAAAUGGCUCUCAAUGGAUCCCAACUCGCCCUCCUUGCUUUCCUCCUAUCCACCCUCUUUGCCGGCUCCGCCGCGCAGUCGUCGAGCUCCUCCUGCACUUCCGCGCUCUUAAGCCUCUCGCCUUGCCUUAACUUCAUCUCGGGCAACGCGACGACCCCACCGAGCUCGUGCUGCUCGCAACUCAGCUCUGUGGUCAACUCAGAACCUCAGUGCCUGUGUGCGGUGCUCAAUGGGGACGCUGGGUCUGGGCUCGGCAUCUCCAUCAAUAAGACUCGGGCGCUCACUCUGCCUGCCGCCUGCAAGGUUCAGACGCCGCCGAUUAGCCAAUGCAGCACCUCUUCGUCACCGCCGUCCGCUGGUACCACUCCAUCGACACCAAAUAGUCCUUCAGGUGGUGGAACGAAAAACAAUCCAUCGGUAAACACAGGUGCUGCAAAUGGAAUCACUGCUGAUAUUUCUGUUCCUCUUGUUCUCAGUCUGCUUCUCAUGGUUCUGUUUUCUUCAGCUUCAGCCAUCUCUUCAUAAGAUUUUUUAUUGUUUUUUAUUUUUUAUUUUUUUGUUUAUGUUAGAGAAAGAGGGGUUGUUGUUGUUGUUGUUGUGUCAUUGAAUGAUUUAGCUGCUCUGAACAAUAGAUCUGUAUUGAUGUAUGUUGUUGUAUUCUUUGGAAGCAGAAUAAAGAAUUUAUAAAUCCACAGUUCUGUUA